CCCGCCGUGGGGGUUCCUGGGAAGAGGCGGAGAACAAUAUGGCGGAUGGCGAGGAGCCGGAGAAGAAAAGAAGGAGAAUAGAGGAGCUGCUGGCUGAGAAAAUGGCUGUUGAUGGUGGGUGUGGGGACACUGGAGACUGGGAAGGUCGCUGGAACCAUGUAAAGAAGUUCCUCGAGCGAUCUGGACCCUUCACACACCCUGAUUUCGAACCGAGCACUGAAUCUCUCCAGUUUUUAUUAGAUACGUGUAAAGUUCUAGUCAUUGGAGCUGGCGGCUUAGGAUGUGAGCUCCUGAAAAAUCUGGCCUUGUCUGGUUUUAGACAGAUUCAUGUUAUAGACAUGGACACUAUAGAUGUUUCCAAUCUAAAUAGGCAAUUUUUAUUUAGGCCUAAAGAUGUUGGAAGACCUAAGGCUGAAGUUGCUGCAGAAUUUCUAAAUGACAGAGUUCCAAAUUGCAAUGUAGUUCCACAUUUCAACAAGAUUCAGGAUUUUAAUGACACUUUCUAUCGACAAUUUCAUAUAAUUGUAUGUGGACUGGAUUCUGUCAUAGCCAGAAGAUGGAUAAAUGGCAUGCUGAUAUCUCUUCUAAAUUAUGAAGAUGGUGUAUUAGAUCCAAGCUCCAUUGUCCCUUUGAUAGAUGGGGGGACAGAAGGUUUUAAAGGAAAUGCCCGGGUGAUUCUGCCUGGAAUGACUGCUUGUGUUGAAUGCACACUGGAACUGUACCCACCACAGGUUAAUUUUCCUAUGUGCACCAUUGCAUCGAUGCCCAGGCUACCAGAACACUGUAUUGAAUAUGUAAGGAUAUUGCAGUGGCCUAAGGAGCAGCCUUUUGGAGAAGGGGUCCCAUUAGAUGGCGAUGAUCCUGAUCAUAUUCAGUGGAUUUUCCAAAAAUCCCUGCAGAGAGCAUCACAGUACAACAUUAGGGGUAUUACGUAUAGACUCACUCAAGGGGUAGUAAAACGAAUCAUUCCUGCAGUAGCUUCCACAAAUGCAGUCAUUGCAGCUGUGUGUGCCACUGAGGUUUUUAAAAUAGCCACAAGUGCAUAUAUUCCCCUUAAUAAUUACUUGGUAUUCAAUGAUGUAGAUGGACUGUACACGUACACAUUUGAAGCAGAGAGAAAGGAAAACUGCCCAGCUUGUAGCCAGCUUCCUCAAAACAUUCAGUUUUCUCCAUCAGCUAAACUGCAGGAGGUUUUGGAUUAUCUAACCAAUAGUGCUUCUCUGCAGAUGAAAUCUCCAGCUAUCACAGCCACAUUAGAGGGAAAAAAUAGAACACUUUACUUACAGUCAGUAACCUCUAUUGAAGAACGAACAAGGCCAAAUCUCUCCAAGACAUUGAAAGAAUUGGGACUCGUUGAUGGGCAAGAACUGGCAGUUGCUGAUGUCACUACACCACAGACUGUACUGUUCAAACUUCAUUUUACUUCUUAAGGAAAAGGAAUCUGCACAUAAUAGAAAA